AUGUUCGCCUUCGUCGCACUCGCCUUCACCCUGCUCGUGACCGUCGCCUCGGCGUCGACGCUGCCAAAGCGCCAGGCGGGGACGCAGGUCUGGCAGAGCCCGUUCACGGGCACGAUCACGGCCCCAGCCGCGGACACAGCGGUCGAGCCCGGGACGCCGUUCGCGUUCGCGUAUACGCGGAACAACUGGUGCCAGUCCUCGUACUCGCCGUUCACGGUGUACGCCACACAGGGCGAGGCGCCGCCCUCGUUCGCGAACGUCACCACGGACGGGCGGCUCGCGGAGGGCACGUACGUGCAGGAGAUGGGCACGUUUGUGGUCUCCAACUUUGGAUUGCCGCUGAACGGAGGGAUCGCGCCGCCGUCGACGAUGACGGUUACCGCGGCGCCUACGGAGGGACAACAAACCUACGUCGUUGUUUUGCAAGAGUAUGACUCUUGUCCUGGCGGUAUCGCGAAGGAGUUCAGUCUGACAUCUGUUCCCAUCGCUCUAAGCGAUGCAUAA